AUGAGUAUUGCUGACCUCAUCCAAGCCGCUGAAUACAUCGAAAGGCGCGAUAGAGUUUUCUUUGUUGCAGAAUCGGAACACGGGUACGCAUCCAGUUUGCCCGCUUACGAGGAGUCUCGCUCGGGUGGACGUCGCCCGAAGACCAAGAAAUCGCAGGGCAGCAGGACGACUCAUAACGAGUUGGAAAAGAACAGGUAUGCAGUUUUCAUAAAAGUUAAUUUGAAGCACGGUGACACGUCUUAUGAUGUGCCCAUAUAG